AUGGUGAUGUGCUUUGUGCCGAGCUGCAAGCAUUACAGCGAACAGAAAACCUGCCGAUUUUUCCGUUUUCCGAAGGAGGAACAAACGCGUAAGAAGUGGAUGACACUCAUUGGGCGAGCAGAUAGGGAGCCAUCCCAACAUUCGAUGGUGUGUACUUGCCAUUUUCUACAGGGUGACAAAACGAACGGCCCAAGUAUUGUAGAAUAUGCUGCCGAUAAAGUAUUUAAAUUUCGAACACCCGAAAAAAGGAAACAAAGAAAACUGGAAACCAUGAUGGAGACACCAGAACCUAGCACUAGUCGUAAAGAGUUGUUUCCAGUGCCAUCAACUUCCGGAGCAUCAGAUGAACAACCGUCAGCAUCAGAAACGCCCGAUCAAGGAUCAAGUGAAGAUGCUGGAUCACGGACGUCUUCUGGAUUACGUCACGCAUUGGAAGGGUUGAACGUCAAUGCAAGUGGCAGUGUUUUGCAAGAGGCAGAAAUGUACUUUUUGCAGAAGGAAAACCAGGAGUUAAAAGCCAAGUUGGCGCACCUAUCUACAACCUUUUCCUUUGAACAUAUUAAAGAUGAUGCUCAGUUAAUCAAUAUGUAUACGGGAAUACCCAAUGUGCAUCUAUUUCAGACAUUGUUUGCGCUAUUUGAACAUAGGGAGCUCACCUAUUGUUUGGGGUGGACUGUUGGUAUAAUACCCAAACGAGGCCAACUAUUAAUAACCCUGAUGAAAUUGAGAAUCAACCUGUUACAGCUUGAUUUAGCCUGUAGGUUUAACUGUAGCACCACCACAAUUGCCAACAUUGUGUCCACAUGGAUUCAUGCUUUACAUGAAACAUUAUUUUGUCAGUUAAUGAAAGAGAUUCCAUCAAGGCAGAAAAACCGAUUAUGCCUUCCAGGAUGUUUCAGUGUUUUUAGUAAUUGUCGUAUAGUGUUAGACUGUACAGAAGUCAAAUAUAUAAAGCCAAAAUCCCUUGCAACACAGAAAAUGACCUACAGUGCCUACAAACGCCAAAAUACUGUCAAAGGGUUAGUGGGAGUAGCCCCAAAUGGUGUUAUUACGUUCGUGAGGGAGUUAUAUCCCGGAUCGACCUCAGAUAAAAAAAUUGUCGCUGACUGUGGCAUUUUGGGCAAACUGCAGGUGGGAGACAUGAUCUUAGCCGACAAAGGCUUUUUAAUUAAAGACAUUUUACCGGCUGGUGUAGAUCUCAAUUUGCCACCAUUUUUGACUACCGCGCAAUUCACACCUGAACAGGCAGUGCAAACACGAACAAUUGCAAGAGCACGUAUUCAUGUUGAAAGGGCUAUCCGUAGGAUUAAAUGUUGGAAAAUCUUACAAGCCACUCCCAGCAAUUUAACAGCACAAGCCACAACACUUUUUCAAGUGUGCAGCGCAUUGUGCAAUUUUCAAUUUCCCUUGAUAGCAGAAGUUGAAGAUCUGUAUGGCAGUUCGGUGCAUGAUUAA